AUGGAGGAAGGCGGUCUAGGCCACCGAUCGCCGUAUGAACCAGUCGCGACGCCCCCUGAACCGGCGCGGCAGCCGAGCCACCAGGAAACGACGCCAGGCCAGGAACGCAACCAGGCGCCAGCGGUCACCGAGGCAGCGUUCAACCUCAAGAAGCUACACGGGUACAUUGAGAGAAAAAAGUUCCAGCGCGCGUGGCGUGAGCUCGACAAGUGCAAGCUCAAGGUCACGGCGCGGAAGGAGCGUGGCGAAGCGAAAGGCGUGCCGCUCGACUCGGAUCUCCUCGGUGAGUUGUACGGCAAUCACGCUAAAGUGCUGCGUGAGUCGACCCUCUUCAAGCUCCUUCGCGAGCCCGCGAUGAAGGGGCUUCUCGAGCACGAGGCAAUGGCCGAAGUGCUGCGUUUGAAGUGGAAGCAUUUCGGCAACAAAAUGUACAUUCAGCAGUGCCUCUUGUACCUGCUCUUGCUGCUCACGCUGACGAUCUCGGUGUCGAUGGACCUCGACAACGGUCCAGCCCCCGAGUUCCAUGGCCAGCUUUCGCUCUGUCUCCACGGCAGUGUCGCGCUUGGCCUUGGUUUCGGUGCCACGUUUCUUCUCGAGCCAGAGACAGACCGCAAGUACUGGGGCCUCGCGACGCUCGGGGUCAUUGCAAUCGUCGAGGUCGUCCUCUGGCUCGUCUCGGAGCUGAUUGCGCUGCACGCAGACUGGGCCUGGUUCGCACGCAUCAACAACGUCCUCCUCUCGGCCGUCGCAUCGUACUUUAUCUGGUUCGAGGUCAAGGAGCUCUACGGCGAAGUCAACGAGAGAGCCAACGAGAACGGCUGGGCCUGCAUCGCGCUCGAGGCGCUCGGCGACUACUUAAAGAGCUUUGUCGACAAGCCCGCGUCCCACUACUUUGAGUCGACCUUCAACAAGCUCCAGCUGCCCCUGUUCGUUGCCCUCUUUGUCUUUGGCCUGUGCGAAGUGCUCUCGCCGUCCUCGGGCGACGCAGAGCUCUACGUGAGCAUCACGCUGGCGUUUGCGACGUGGGCGCUGAGCAUCCAGUACCUCGAGGUGCACGAGACCGCGGGCUACUUGAUCCCGAUGAUGAAGCACAUGCUGCACGACGUCUUUAAGUUCAUGGCCUUCUACGUUCCGUUCUUGUGUGCCUAUACGAUCGCGUACUACCUCCUCUUUCAAGGGCGGAACGAAGACGCGUACAACACGCUGAGCCACAGCUUCGUCACCGCGUUCUUCGUCCUCGUCGGCGAGAUCAACGCCGACCCGUUCGAGAAGCUGCCGGCGCCCGGGCCCAUCGUGCUCGGCUACACGCUCUUGUUGACGCACGCCACCUUGGUCAUCGUGCUCCUCCUCAACGUGCUCAUUGCGAUGAUGAACGCGACGAUGGCCACCGACAUGGAAACCGCGCAGCUCGACGCGAUCGUGAGCUUUGCCGAGUGCAUUCUCCGGAGUGAAAAGACCAUCACGCUCCAAAGUCUGCCGGUCGCGCCGCCGCCGACCAACUGCAGGACGGAUGCGAUGCAGCGCGCGAUCAUGGCCGCAGACGACGAGAGUCCGCCGUCCGACGCAGAAGACGAGCCGGAGCCUGUCGUGAGCCUCAAGACCCUCCACAAGAAGCUGCUGGCGAUUGAAGCGCGCGCGGCAACCCUCGAUGCGAUUGAAAUGCGCUUCACGGCCCUCCAAGACGAAAAUGCACAGCUCCAAGAGAUGCUCCGCUGCCUCGACGCGUUCCUUUGCCGCCACGAUGCGUAG